AUGAUGCAGGCCAUGGCCGUGUGUGUGGGACUGCUCCUCUUCAGUGUGACCUGGGCAACAUCAAUGCCCAAUGAAGAGGACAGCACCACCAACAAAGGUAGCGCCUGUUGGGACUUAACAGCAUCUGUGCAUCCUGAGCCCACAGGGGAUAAAGGAGCAGAGAAUGUAGGGGAUGCCCUCCUUAACUGGCCUGCCCAGGAGAGGUAUGGUGCGGCUUUCAUCAGAAGUACCCCACAGUCUAUCAAGAGACCGGUGAUGAGGGCAGAACUACAGAGGGACAAAAGCAAAGAGAAGAAACCUCAGAGUGUUCCUAGCACGAUUCCAGCAGAUAUCGACGAUGCUAAAGACCACUUCAAAGAUGAAAAGAAUCAACAGCGGUAUCUACUAUCCCGGAACAGCUCAGUGAAAAGCACACAUACCCGUCAGGUCCGACGGAGCACUCACUAUCUAACAUAUCUGCCCCAAAUCAGAAAGAUCCUCAGUGACUUUGAAGGCAGUGGUUCCCCAUAUACUCAAGUGAUGGGGGGUAAUGAUGUCCCGCCUUUCAGUGGGGAUGGGCAACAUUUCAUGGACAUUCCUGGCAAAGGAGGUGCUGCCGGGCCUGGUCUAGACAGCUCCGCUAGUCACACGAGCCUCUCGGGCUCUGACAAAGCUAAGAUUGGCAACCCACAAACAAGUGGACUGGGUUCUAACGAGCUCCCAGAGGGAGGAAGGCAUGGUGCUGAUGCAGCCAGAGACAAAACGGCACACCAGGCAGGUGCUGCGGGUGUGAGCCUUGCGGAGGGCGCCAAUGACAUCACAGGCAGCACUGAUUUUAGGGAACUCCCUGGAAAAGAAGGAAGCAGAAUUGAGGCUGGCAGCCAAAAUGCCCAUCAAGGGAAAGUAGAAUUUCACUAUCCACGAGGGCCCUCCAAAGAGAAGCUGAAAGGGGGCAGCCACGACAGCUCGGGGAGCGCCAGUUACAAUGAGAUUCCCAAGCGCGGCAAAGGUGGUUCUAGGAAGGACGCCGAAGACUCCUACAGGAACCAAGUGACCUUCUCUGAAAAACAAAGAUUUCCAGGAAAAGGCAAAAGCCAGGGCCAGGUUCUUUCUUCUCACAGUCUUGGUAAUGAGAUUAAAAGCAGAAAAAACCAUUAUGUACUCCAUGGACAAAAUAAUCCCACACGGAAUAAAGGGGUGCCACGGUGGAGAGGCGCCUGGCCUUCACGAAGGCCCCAUGCCCACCGGCGCCUUAGCCCCGGCAGAAGAGACAGCAGUGAGUCGUCCAGUGACAGUUCAAGCGAGAGUGACGGUGACUAG